AUGCCAAAAUCACCAAAAACAUCUUCAGCAAAGUCUUCAAGGUCUUCCAAAUCCCUCAAAUCCCCCAAAACUUCAAAAACCUCAAAAAAGAAGGAGGAAAAUAAUGACGUGAUUUUUAUCGAUCCUCAAAAGGAGAAUGAACAGAAAAACGAGCAGAAGAAACCAAAACAGCCAAACUUGACGAGCUUCUUCAAACCUCUCGAAAAACCGGCUCCACCGCCUACUCUGCCCCAAUGCAUGCCUGACACUUCGAGGUUUACGUCACUUUUUCAGCUGAAACAGGGAAUGACUAUUGCGCCGAUUCUGGCUAGGAAGCCUUUAUCAACUGAAGAACGAGAAAAUUUGCUCAAAGUCCAUUGCGAGUUUCCCGAUUAUUUGUCUCAAUGCAAAAAUAAACGUGUUAAAACUCCAGCACGAGUCACCAACAAAUUGAAGGCAAAAUAUUACCAUUUUCAUGAUAACUAUCGUCCUGCUUACUAUGGCACUUGGCGUCGCAGAAGUAGAGCAAUUUGUGGACGAAGGCCUUUUUCUAAAGGUGAAAAGACCCUCAAUUAUGAAUACGAUUCUGAUGAUGAUUGGGAAGAGGAACCUGCUGAUGCAGAUGAAUGCAAAUCUGAUGAAGAGGAAGAGGAUGAUGGUUUCUUUGUGGAUCACGGAUAUUUGUCGUCAGAUGAAGGCUCUCAGGGAGGGGAUGAUUUGGAUGAAAAUUGUGAUGUUGAAGGUUUAGAAGAUUUUUUUUAAUUUUAGAGUAGGGCAGGAAAGGGGUUGGUUUAUUCGAAACUAAGUUUUUUCGACCCGAAUAAACUAAAAAAUUUUUUCGAAAAAUCAGCACAUACC